AUCUUUAAAAUAAAUAACAAUUGACUUUUUCCUCCAUAACUUCUAACAAAUUGGAUGCCUUGAAUAGAUGCAUUUAAGGACAAGAUUGCAAGUUUUGAAAUCAACAUAAAAGUACAGAAGAACAAAAUAAUACUGUAGCAGUGUCUACAUGAGAUUCUUUAAAGUUCAACCGAAGAACUUUGGAUCAUAGCCAUUGCUAGAGGUAGCAAGAAUAUAAUAAGCCACAAUAUGACCAAUGGAGCCCCACGCCAGUACAUCUACGAUGUUAAAUCCAACAGGGUCAUUAGAUUUAAGAAGGCUCACGUAUUCCUUGGCCCUCACGUCACCUGCUUCGAAGUGUGAAACUCCAUUCUGUUCAGGCACCUGUUUCGCCACGUUUUCCCUCUGGAAGUUGAAGAACACAAACCUGCCCAAGAAGAGGGAGAGUCCAGUGCUGAAGCUGAUGACCAGUGAAGGGUUGAGCUCAGCCUUGAUUUUAAGGCUGCUGGGCCUGGUCUUGGGGCGGCAGAAGGUAGCGGAGAUGGGUUUUUGGAAUUGGAAGGUGGUGUCAGUGGGCUUGUUGAGGGGUCUAAGACCUUGGAAAGUUGGUGUGGAGAACAGAGUGGAGGCCAUUGUGGUGAUGGUGGUGGUGGUGGGAGGAGGGGGAUUUGGGUAUUAUGUUGAUAAAUGGAGUGUGGAUAUUAUUAAUCAAAGAUGAGAGGUUUAUAAUUUGAG